UGACAGUUUCAACGACCUACAACUUGGAAAAGGUCGAUCUUCUCUUCUUGUAUGUACAUACUCGUCUCGUACGAAUAAUAAGCCGUCCCGAUCACCUGGACGGAUUAGUUUUAGCUUAUUAUCCAUAUAAAAAUGCUGCGAACGAUUUUACAAACCCAGGCAGUUAGUGGAAGCCUAAGAAAAGCUGUGCGGAUAAAUGUCACGAGAUGCAUUAGCACUGAACUGGCCAGAAGGAAACAAUCAAAAAGAUUGUUAUCACCAACUGAGAGUAAGACAGUCUUAGCUGUGCCACAAUGGAGCCCCCAAGUGAGAUAUUACUCGAGUCUACCGCCUCACAACAAAGUGAACCUGCCAGCACUGUCCCCGACCAUGGAAAGUGGUUCCAUUGUGAGCUGGGAGAAAAAAGAGGGUGACAAACUCAAUGAAGGUGACCUCCUGUGUGAAAUUGAGACAGACAAGGCUACCAUGGGUUUUGAGACCCCAGAAGAGGGUUAUUUGGCUAAGAUUCUCAUUCCUGCUGGCACCAAGGGUGUACCUGUUGGCAAACUGCUUUGCAUCAUUGUAGAAGACCAGGCCGACGUAGCAGCCUUCAAAGAUUUCAAAGAUGAUUCCGCAGAUUCUCCACCACCACCAAAACCUAAAGAGGAAGAGGAAGCCCCCAGUCCAAUGGCGAAGCGGUUAGCAGCUGAAACAGCCCCCAAGGCCUCCGAAGGCAGUCCCCUGGCCACGCGGCUGGCGGCCGGCACAGCUCCGAAACCCUCCCCUGCAACUGAAGGCAGGGUAUACGCCAGUCCCAUGGCAAAGCGACUAGCAGAGCUUAAGAACAUAAGGCUUGGAGGGCAGGGGUCUGGCUUGUACGGCUCACUGAAGAGCGGUGAUCUGGCAGGACUCGCCUCCGGGGCUCCGGACGCGCCGGCUGCCGGCCGUGAGGCGCCGGCGCCGGCGCCCACGCCCGGCUCCAACUAUGUCGACGUACCCCUCUCUGGCAUGAGGGAAACUAUCGCCAAGAGAUUAUCCGCCGCCAAACAGUCGAUACCCCACUACCAACUGUCUAUGACCUGCAAUAUUGAGAAGACCCUAGCACUGAGGCAAGCAGUCAAUGAAAAAUUGGAUAAAGAAAAGGCUGGCAUCAAGGUUUCCGUUAACGACUUCAUCGUGAAAGCCGUGGCGUCGGCGUGCAAGAGAGUGCCGGCCGUCAACGCGUACUGGAUGGAUUCGUUCAUUAGACAAUUCUCGAACGUCGAUGUAAGUGUAGCGGUGGCGACCCCUACCGGGCUGAUCACGCCGAUAGUUUUCAACGCGGACUCCAUCGGCAUCAUCCAGAUUUCCAAGAACAUGAAGGAGCUCGCGCAGAAGGCAAAGGACGGGAAACUACAGCCGCAGGAGUACCAGGGAGGCACCGUCACGCUGUCGAACUUGGGCAUGUUUGGUAUAACGCAUUUCAAUGCGAUCAUCAACCCACCUCAGUCGUUAAUAUUGGCGUGCGGUGGAGUGCAAGAACUUGUCAUCCAAGAUAAGAAAGCGGAACAUGGAUUCAGAACAGCGAGAUUCAUCACAGUGACGGCCUCAGCCGACCAUAGAGUUAUCGACGGAGCGAUCGGCGCGCAGUGGAUGAAGGCGCUCAAAGACAAUCUAGAAGACCCUGCGCACAUCAUCUUGUGAACGGGCGCCGACUGAUGCGAUUGGCUAGCUCACAUACAAUUUGCUUAGUGAAUAAUAUCGUGGGAAUAAAUGUCAUAGCAUAUUAUAAAACGAUAAAUUCGACGAAAUUUGUCGAUUAUUGAUCUUAAUUCUUGUGCCCUAGGUACAAUUUUCAGUAAUCGAACAUGAAAAAAAAAUUUUGAUUAACGUUUAUCCCUUUUGGAUAUUUUCAAUUUAAUUAGUGUUUCGAUGAUUAAUUUGAAAUGUUUAGAUAGUAUUAAACGUAACUAUUCGUAAACAUAUUUAAAACGAAUUUUUACUCUAAAAUAUGUAUCUAUUUAUAUAAAAUUUUAUACGAAAUCUUUAUACGAAAAUGUAUUCGUUUAAUCGUCAGGAAUAUUCAUUUAGCAAAUUGUUAUGAGAUUUUAUAGUUCAAAGUAGCUUGUCCUUCGAUAGUGGAAUUGUUAUACUGCGGUGUCGUAGGGUGGUUAUCCCCUAGUUUACAUAUUACUUAGAAAACUAGGGUGAUAACUAUUGUGUACCUAUUUAUCUUUUUUUUAUAAGUUUACUGAAUAUUUUGUAGCUUUACAUUGUUUCAUUAUAGUUUUAUAUUUAUUGUAUUCAUUUUUAUAACAAGUACUUGUUUCGACCUCGUCAUUUGGAUAUAAUCAUCAUGUUUUAUUUUUCAAAUCUAUUUAUUAUCGAUCUUAUUCUCUGUGCGAAGGACUUGCUCACUCGAUAUUAUAACUGUUUAUUUAUUUAGUGAAAUAAGGAAUGAUUGUACAAUGAACAUAUUAUAUAGCUAAAACUUACCGAGCCGUCUUUUGCAAGAAUUAAUUAUUAACAUUUUUCCGAACUGGUAAUAUAUAAAUAUCAUCAAAUACGUAUUUUUGGAAACAGGCUUUAUUAGUAUGGGAUACAGCUUGCCAAAUUAUAUGUCAAAAAGUGAUAAUUCAUUUCAGACCGUAUUCCGUCUCCGGCUCUCAGACUACAGUUUAACUUGGAAAAGAGAGGAAGACAGGAAUAGAUUACAUUGUUCAUUACUAUUGAGUUUUGACAGCAUAUUUGACAAUAAGUAUACAAUGGCGAGACCUAUGCUUGUUAUUUAUUCGCCGGGAUAGUCGUAGAGUGUAUAUAGACAUGAUCGUUUGGCGCAGCGCAGAUAAGAUAAUGGUGUUAAUUUUAUGUUACCGUCGUGUUUAACGCUGCCAGAUAAAUUUAUGGACGUUAGUGAAAUUAAAUAAUUUUAUUUAUUAUUUA